AUGCCUGCUACAGAGAACUCCGGUAAUCCUUCAAGAUCAAAGAAAAAUCAGAGAAACGCGAUUCAGAGUUCCCCGCUGCAGUUCUUAUGUCAAGCUAAGCACCGCCUGAUUCAGGUUCACGGUGAUGAGGUAGAUAAAUGGAGUUUGGUCAUGAUGUACAAAGGAGUUGCGGUUGGUGAUGAAGAUUUGUUGAAGGUGACUGAGGAUGUGAAGUGGCAGUUCAAGAGCGGGGAAGAUGAAGAAGAGAGUAGAGAGUUCUCCGAGAUUUUUGGUGUGAUUCUUCAUAACUUGGAGAAAGAAGAACUUCAAGCUUUGAUUUCUGAAUUGGUUUCGGAUGGCUGCUAA